CUUUUUGACUUGAUUUCAGCACAGCGUAGAAAAGCAAACACAAAUCAAUGCUGAGCUGUGCUCGACUGGUGCUGGUGGAGCAGCAACAGCAGCAGCGGCAGAGCAGGAUGGCUGCUGCGGCAUUGCAUGGAUUGGGAUCAAGAGCAGCCAGUCAGGCCGCAGCCGCUACCACGCCACCAUCAAGCCAGCACGCGACGACUCCAACUACGACGACUAGCCAUACUCUGAACCAUGCCACGACUAUGACUGCGACUGAAGCGAGCGGUGGUCAGAAUGGGACGAGUGGGACGACGAGCGAGGCUGCAGACGCACGCGGCCAGGCGAGCACGAGCCAAGAAGACCAGCAGCCGCCCAAGGCCAGGUCCAAGUCCAAGUCACAGCCGAGCUCCAUUGCCGCAAAGAGCAGGGGCAACGUGCAAAACCCGCAGGUGCUGCUCGGGAAGGUCGCUGCGGUGCCCACAGGGCGGCUGUCGGCAGAGCGGUUGCUCGCGCUCAAGCUCUUUGCAAAGGCGAGAUCGCACGUUGGCGUCAAGUGGCGCAACCCAACCGCGGCCCAGCUCGGCAUCCCGGGACGGAGGACUGUUCUUGACAGAGAUGGCCGGGCGGCUGCACCGCGCAAGCUCGCGUUCAACACGCUGCCGACGUUCUCGCAGGAAGGCGCCAAGCAGGCCGCGGCGUUGGCAGACACCAAUCUGGCACGCUCCCACUUGGCUGUCGUGAAGCACGUAGUGCGUGCUCGUCGCUACGCCAAGGCGCAGGCGCGAGCUGCCGAGCGCAACGCCCGCGAACAGGCCUCGAAGUCAGCAAUUCCGUCGUCUGGUGAAACACAACCAUCUGCCGCGAGCAGCAUCGCCCCUCUCGCGUCUGACACGCCAGUAGCAAAAGCUUCAAACGAUAGCAAGGCUGCUACUACAUCUGCCGUGGAAACUGAUUCCUCGACAGAAGCACGCAAGCUGGCCAAGCAGCAGCAACAACAUCAACAACAAUCAGCCGCACCGCGAAAAAACAAAAGCCGAGCACCACGCAUUCCACACAACUCGCCGUCCUGGACGGCCGUGCACAUGGCCACAGUUGCAGCAGAAGCAGAGGAACGAUUGCACUUUGCACGGACGCUGCAAGUACCAGCGUUGCCGACCAAGAGCGCUCCGGCCAAUCCCAGGGCCAUGAAUGCCAACUCACUGACCUAUCCGUUCCCAUUUACACUCAAGCAGGUCCCCGUGCGUCCGCACUCGGCCAAUCCAACGGCACCGCACGGAGUAAGCCCGCCUUCAGCUCACAGACGAAUCACUCAUGACGUACAGGCCAUGAUGCACCAAUUGAACAUUAUGCCUGGGUGGUGGAAGCCAGCGGCUAGUAAUGCCAAGAAGGGUGUUCUCGCAAUACAAACAGCCCGUGAGCGUCGGUUGGCGACAAGGGCCCAAACGGCUCUCUCCAAGCGCCAAUUUAUUGGCAAACUCAUCGCGCUUGCCCAUGAAUUUGGGCAAAAUGCAACGACCGGGUCGACGGCGGCCACUCCCAUCAUCGGCAAAAAAUCGGCAGCCAACAACAAAGAAUCGGCUGCCAACGACAAAGAAUCGGCUGCCAACAACAAAGAAACAAGCAAACAAUCAGCUCCCAAAGAGGCUCCCGAACAACCCGAACAAUUCAACCCCCUCCCACUCGUAGACUUGCCCUCCCAACCUGCCGGCAGUCUAACGUUUGCGCAGGCUCGGCCCGCUUUCAAAUACUUGCAUCGCAAUCAUCUGUUCGCAUUGGAGCGUGCCCAGCGCCGUGAGUUGGUGCUUAAAACAAAGCCUCAACAGUCUGUGACAGCUCCCUCCCAAUCUGCUGCCGCCGAGAAAAUGGCAGCCCAACUCGCCUCUGCAGUCAAACAACUAUCAUCCCCACUCGCUCAACGAACGCUCAGUGCUGAUUUGCGGUGGGAUCAAGCUUCCGCUCGCGAUUUAUUGGCAGAUCUGUCGUUACCGAUGCCCCAUGACCCGCUAACAACACCAAUCUGGUCGCUCGCAACGUCCGAUUCGAGCAACGUGCCGCCGCCCACGUCCGACGCGCUGUUGCUUGCUGUCAGCACACUGCUUAAUAGCCAAGCGCACGCGACGGGUUUGACGCUUCCAGCCGAGGCCCGUUCCACCGCGCAGGGGAGCCAGCUUUCGGUUCCUGCGUCAUCGACUGAGGCCGAGGCGGUGCCAGCUAGCCCGAUCAGCCAGGACGUACCUGCACUGACCAGGAUGGUGCAAGACCUUGAUGCUUCGUUGGGCUUUUCUCCCGCCAAGCCGUUCGCUGCAGAUAGUAACGGGCGGAUUGUCCAAGAUCUCAACCAGCCAAACACGACCCGCUACGACCGCGAGGUGAAUGCUUUUGCACGUCUGUACAGCGCCAUGACUCGAGCGCAGAUCCAGGCGCUUGCCUCGAACGAGUUUAGCGAGUUUUUCGCCUCCACCACUUCAGCGGUUUCGGACGAGUUGGCCGCCAAGACGACUUCCAAGCUCCUUCAAGUCGUCAGCGAGGGGUUGCAAGAUGCCCUGGUUCCUGAAGACGCAAUCAUGGUGCUCGAACGGCGCACUUUGUACUACUUCCUUGGCCGCGAUCGGGCAUAUGCUCUGCUUGCGGAGGUCUUUGUGGAAAACGGGCGCGCGGACUUUAUGGUGUCGCACAUUCUCAAGCAUUUCCUUCCUUCCAUUCCCAGUCAGUUCCGCAUUUCCUCUUCCCAAACUUGCACCACGUUGGUCCAGAAGCUCUGCGACGCCGGAGAUCUCAAGUCUGCUGUUUCUGUCUACGAAGCUCUCGUGGCCCGACAGUUGAACUCGAUUUCUCGCCGGUUGGUUCGCCCAAUCACAACUGCAUAUGCUGCGCUCGGCCAGCUCGAGUCCGCAAAGCAGUUCUUGGCAACCUCUGCGUUUGCAGACAACCGGUCGACCAACCACGCUUCAAUCGUUCCGCUGGUGCUGCUAGCGCCGCGCUCACCUUUGGCUUCGUUCACGGUCAAGGAGGCCCGAGACGCCAUUGACUGGACGCUGCGCAUGAUGACUCAGGCCCAACAGGCCCAUUUGGCGUUUGGGCGAAUGCAACUCUUGCGCUCUGCGUUGCAGGCAUGUGGUGAGGCUGGGCGCAAGUGCGAGCAGACCCUGUUUGGCACCGUUCACGCGUCUGCCACUGAACGAGAUGCCGCGAUCGCCGCUGCCUGUGCUUUCUUGACGUCCGCGGCUUCACAGUGGUCGCCAAACUCUGCGCCCGCUUCCGCAGCCUUCUCGGCGACUGCAGCCACCGCUGUGAUCAAACUCGCCAACCACACGAGCUCAAGCAGACCACCCAACCGCGUUUCUGUCGAUCUUGCGACUCAUCUCAUUGCUGCCGCGCCCACUUCGACCGACCUCAUGAAGGUUGUCUGCCACAUCGUUGCCUCCGGGUGCACCUUCUCCGACCAAGUGUUUGCUCACUUGGUGGCCUCCGCCCAACGCCUCCGAUGCUUGCGCCUGCCCGCUUUAGUCAUUGCAGCCCAUGUCCAGCAAGGCCGCAGCGUGCCGACGACGGCAGCAUCCCACCUCAUCACCCUGCUCGGUCUGCACACCGACGACGCUACUGCGGUGCAAGCGAUCAAAGACCUGGCGACCGUUUUGCAUCAAGCCGACUACCAGCUGUCCGCUAGCGCGUAUGGCGCUAUUUUGAAAGCGGCUGCUCGUGACGUGGAGCCAGAAUCACACCUUCGCAACGUGUGGCGGCAGCUCAACGGUGCUGCGCACCACGAGCACGUGCGUUCGCACGGAUUGCAAGCGCUGCUCGUUGCGGCAGGACAGUCAACCAGCCUGCAGGCCGAGUUUCGACAUUGCUUUGAUGUUGUAACGCGUCGCUUUGGUCCCGACGGUACGUAUUUGCAUCGUCACCGACAGCGCACGCUUGCCAACCCCGGGUUUGCGAAGACUCUGUUUGGAGUGGAGCACGAUGCCUUCUUGAAGCCAAGCUGGCGCGUCGCUUCCGCACUGGUAUCGGGGGCUAGCCACCAGCCAGACCAACUGGACAUGGCUGUGCGCGCGUAUCGCCAUCUCAUGCAAACCAAAUGGGUCUUUGGCGCUGAGGGGUUUGAUUUGAACACUGCCCAGCCAAUGUUGAUGGGCUGCACCCUGACGGCCAGCGGGCUCCCAUCGAUUCCCCUGGCUCGACGGACCACCACCAGUCGCCGAUGGAUUUCGGCUUCGCUCGCGCGCACCAUCCAGCUCGAGCGCGGGUCUCUGAUGCCGCAGUCCGCCUUGUCGAGCAGCUUGCCCGCGUCCUUUGUAAUUCGGGCUUACACAAGCCUCGUGCAAAUGGUCAACAGUGCUACCUCGGCGCAUGCGGCCAGCAACGCAGUCUUGGCGAUUGCUUUUGCCAUCCAGGCAGACCUGCCAGUGGCACCCUUGUCGCAGUUCUACGAAGUCCAAAAUCCCGCCUGCUCGCUUCAAGUUGCUCUGUUCGGUCUGCUCCAACGGCUGCAGGCACACCGCGGAAGGUCACCGGCACCCCGCUCUCAAAACGCGCUCAUUCGGGAGAUGAACGCCAUUGCGCGCGCUCGUCGGUAUCUUGCCAGUCUUCGCGCUAGUGCUUGGCAUGCCCCGUCACAGCCCUUCCUCUUGCUGCUUGCGACCGUUCUCCGCAGUGCCAUUGAUCAGUCACGCAUGUCCCCGGUUCCCGUCAUGUCCCGACUCCUUCCUGUGGCUCGGCGUACACCGAGCACACCGCGCCCCGCUUCCCAGUCUGCCACUGUCUGAUGUGCUGCUGGUCUGUACUGUACUUUUUCUGUAUGAAUUCACAAAUUUAUGAAAGAUUGA